AUGUCUUCUUCUUCUUCUUUACAAUGGAGAAACCUCUGGACCUUCACAACGAAUUUGGAUUUGGGUUAUGUAGAUCAAAGAAAGGAGGAUCAACUUAUUCAACUACCAGAUGAGAUUCUUUCCAAAAUCAUUUCUAUGCUGCCAUUGAAAGAGGCUGUGAGAACUAGCAUCCUAUCAGAACGAUGGCAGUUCAUUUGGAUUGAUCAUGCUGACCUCUAUUUUGAUUAUGCUAAUAUACUUGGGAGCAUUGUUUACUCCAACGGCAUAUCUCAUUGUCAAUCUGAGUUGGAUAGGAAACUGCAGAGGUGUAAGUUUAUAAAGCGGGUCAAUCACUUUAUGCACCAACGAUGCAAAGGCACAAAAGUGGGCUCUUUUGCUGUCCAAUUUCCCUUGAUCAAGGAUUCUGCUCUUCACAUUGAUCAGUGGAUCAGUUCUGCAAUCACAAAGGGAGUUGAAAACAUUGAUCUUGACUUAUCAAAGUCAUGUAGCUUUAUGGUGGAUCAUGCCUCUCCUAUUGCAUCAGAAAAAUAUUAGUCAGAUCAUCAAUUAUAUUAGUAUAAUAAUUUCUCCAUUCAAGUAAAGAGUAAUUUUAAUUUUAGGUGUAAUAAAUAAGAGAUUGUUUGAAUUGUUUAUUAUUGUCAAAUGAUUUCUUAAUCUUUCAUUCUCUAUCAAAAAAUUGUAAUUUAUU